AUGGUAUCCAAGAUUAUCAUGCUUGUGUUCCAUAUUUUCCUCUCUUUACAAUUCGGUCCAUCAAUAGCGCAAACUAAUUGGAUCAGGGUUGGUUAUUACUGGAAUUUAGUUGAUACGAUUCCCGUUUCAGAAAUAAAUUCUGCUCUAUUUACUCACCUUAUUUGCGCUUUUGCUGGUCUUGAUCCGGUCUCCUACCAACUUUAUCUAUCACCUCUCGAUGAAAAAUAUAUCUCCAACUUCACACACACUUUAAAACAAAAGAAUCCCUCAAUCGAUACAAUUCUAUCCAUUGGGGGUGAAAAAGCAAAUUCUUCAACCAUUUCUUUAAUGGUAAGAAAUUCUUCUUACAGAAAAUCUUUUAUUGACUCCUCAGUAUCAUUAGCCAGGCUUUACGGUUUCCGUGGCCUGGACUUUUCUUGGAUAUAUCCAGACACAGUCUCUGAUGAGAUCAAUAUGGGUAUUCUGUUUCAAGAGUGGCGAGCUGCUAUCAGUUCAGAGGCAAGAAACUCCAGCACGUCAGAAUUGAUUUUGACUGCGAGGGUUAGAUAUUCACCAUUGACAUCUUCAGGAAAUUACCCGGUAGACUCGAUGCAACAAUACUUGGAUUGGGUUCAUGUUAUAGCCAGUGAAUACUCUAGGCCACCGUGGAACAACUUCAGUACUGCGGCUAAUGCAGCUCUGUAUGAUCCAGGUAGUGUUUUAAACACUGAUUACGGUAUAAGGGCAUGGAUCGAUGGAGGAUUGUCAGCUAAUAAGUUGGUUUUAGGGUUGCCUUACUAUGGUUAUGCGUGGACUCUUGUGAACCUGGCUCACAAUGUUAUUGGUGCACCAGCAACAGGACCAGCUAUUAAACAAGAUGGAUUUCUGACCUACAAGUAUAUCAAGAAUUAUAUUGAGCAAUAUGAUAGUGCUCAUAUCAUGUACAAUGAAACUUAUGUGGUGAAUUAUUGCUUAAUCGGAAAAACUUGGAUUGGCUUUGAUGACGUUGAGGCUAUUAGAGCUAAGAUUUCUUAUGCCAAGGAGAAGAAGCUACUUGGUUACUAUGUAUGGCUAGUCUCCUAUGAUCGUAAUUGGGUGCUUUCUCAAGCUGCAGGGGCGAGUGACUUAACUAAACAAUCCAAUGAUAAAGAAAAAAAAGCAGUAGCAGCCGGAGAUUUUAAAAGCAAUGUUCCUAAUCUGAUAGAAUAUUCGUUUCCUGCUAUUGAGGCAGCUACCGAUGGAUUUUCAACUAAAAAUAAGCUUGGACAGGGUGGAUAUGGUCCUGUUUACAAGGGUAUACUAUCAAAUGGACAAGAAAUAGCAGUGAAGAAACUUGCAAAAGCAUCAACUCAAGGGUUUGAGGAAUUCAAGAAUGAGGUUACGCUUACUGCGAAGCUCCAACAUGUAAAUCUUCUCCGAGUUUUGGGUUUUUGCAUUGACGGAGAUGAACAUAUACUUGUCUACGAAUACAUGCCAAAUAAAAGCUUAGACUCUUACCUUUUUGACCCUAUUAGACUAUAUGUUUUGGAUUGGGAAAAACGUAUUCAGAUAAUUGAAGGAAUUAUACAAGGCCUUUUAUAUCUUCAAGAAUACUCAAGAUUGACUAUUAUUCAUCGAGAUCUAAAAUUGAGUAAUAUCUUGUUAGAUGAAGAUACGAAGCCAAAAAUAUCAGACUUUGGCAUGGCUAGAAUGUUUGCAAAAAGUGAUCUUGAAGCUAAUACAGGACGUAUUGUUGGAACACUUGGUUAUGUUUCUCCUGAAUAUGCUAGAAAAGGCUUGUACUCUACAAAAUCCGAUGUUUAUAGUUUUGGGGUUCUACUUCUACAGAUCAUAAGUGGCAAAAGGAUUUCUCUUUUGUGUGGUCCGAAUGAAAGUUUAAGCCUUCUAGACUAUGCGUAUGAGCUAUGGAAAGAUGGCAAAUGCAUGGAAUUUAUGGACAAAUCACUAGAUGAUACAUAUUCAUCUUGUAAAUUAGUGAGAUGCUUGCAAAUAGCUCUGUUAUGCGUCCAAGAAAAUCCAAUUGAUCGACCUUCCAUGUUGGAAGUUUUCACAAUGCUUAAAAAUGAAAGCACCGAUGUGAUGAUUCCAAGGAAGCCUGCUUUCUCAGAACAAAAUCUACAAAAUAAAACUGUACGACAAUGGGAAGGUUGUUCAGGGAGCACUUCAUCAAUUAAUGAUGUAACAGUUUCAGACGUGGUAGCUAGAUAA